AUUAUUGUUAUAUAGAUUGAUUUUCCUUUUUCAUGUAACUUGUUACGCAUGGUUUCUUUACCAGGUUACCUCUUCUCCCAACCUCCCUGCUUGCUGAUUUCACUCUUCUGCACAAAAAAGUAGUACUGAAAAAUCUUCUUCUUUGCUUUGCUGAUUCUUCUAUUAUUUUCUCCAAGCAAAAUCCAUCUCUAAAUUUCAUCAUCAAAAUUCCAUUUCAUAUAUAUAAAAGUAUAUUUCUAUAUUUCCACUUUUAUUAUCCUUAACAAAUAUAUCCUUUUUCCAACAUUUCCUAACCUUUUUUUUUGCUCCUCUUGAUUAUCAUCUUACGAUAUUUUAAGGUUGUAGAUCUAACUCCGAAUCUUUCAACUAACUUUUCCUCUUCCUUCAUUUCUAUCUUUGUUUUAUCUGUUGUACUGUUCUCUUUCUUCUUGUUGUUGUCUUCCUUCCAAAAAGUUUGAAAAUUUCUGUCAAAUUUAGUUUGUUUAAAUGUGUAAUCAAAUACCCAUUUCUCAAAUCUCACUCUUUAACUUCAGUUUUCGUCUAAUUCAUGUAAUUUUAGCUUCUGGGUACAUCUCAUUCUUCAUGUUUACUUACUAAAAUUAGGGUUUUUUUUUUCAAAAAAGUUUACUUUUUUAUCAUACUUUUUUAAAAGUAACAUGGAUUAUAGUAGAGAAAAUGUUGUUCAUGUAAUUUCGACAAAUGGGCCUGAAAAUUGGGUUCCAAAUUCGACAGACCCUUCAGUUUGGGCAACAGAAGAAGAUUACCGUGUUUGGAACAACCAAGAAACCUCCACCGACACAGCUUCAAACUCCAGCUACGACCAAAGACAACCUCAAUCACGGUCCAACUCCGAACAGCCACCAAACAAGAAACCAAGAAAUUCCCAGGAAUUAAAUUCCAGGUCCAAAGCCAUAGGCAAAAUGUUUUUCAAGACCAAGCUUUGCUGCAAGUUCAAGGCUGGCACUUGCCCUUAUAUUACAAAUUGUAACUUUGCUCAUAGCAUUGAAGAGCUUCGACGCCCACCUCCUAAUUGGCAAGAAAUAGUGGCUGCCCAUGAAGAAGAGAUAGGGGUUUUAUCAGAGCCAAGAGAGGAAUUUCAAAUUCCUUCUGUGGGGUCUUCUAGUUUUUCAGGGGAAACACAGAGGUCAUAUAAGGGAAGGCAUUGCAAGAAGUUUUAUACAGAGGAAGGGUGCCCUUAUGGUGAUAAUUGUACGUUUUUGCAUGAUGAGCAGUCGAAGAAUCGGGAGAGUGUAGCUAUAAGUUUGGGGCCUGGCGGGUAUGGUGGUGGCGGGGGAGGAGCUGGUGGUGGAGGUGAUGGGAAUGGAUCGAAUUCAAAGCCGUCUAAUUGGAAGACUAGGAUUUGUAAUAAGUGGGAACUUACUGGGUACUGUCCAUUUGGAAAUAAAUGUCAUUUUGCUCAUGGAGUUGGAGAAUUACACCGAAAUGGAGGUGGCCUUGUGGAUACAGAAGCUAAGGAUUCUUCUGCUACCCCUUCUGAUUCAAAGCAAGGGGGAGGAGUGCCUUCAAAAACUCCUGCUGAUACUGUGGCUGCGUCAGUCUCUUUAGUUCCACUUUCAGAUGUUUAUCAUCUCGGAGUUCCUUCGCAGAGGACAUUGAUUGUCCUUCAGAGGCCAGGACAGAGAACUAUUCAGAAAUGGAAGGGUCCAGAUAAAAUCAGUCGGAUAUAUGGUGACUGGAUUGAUGAUAUUGAAUAAACCCUGUUCUUUUAUGUUCUGAGAGAAAAAACACACAAGGGAAGAAGAGAUGAGAGCUGAAAUUCUUUGCAGCAAGAAGCUUUUCCUGGGACAGCAGGGUCAUGUACCUCCAGCUUAUGCGUUGGGGAAAUCUUUUUCUUUGCUCACUUCAAGUCUCUGGUGGAUCCUUGGCCUAUUGACAUUUCAGCUGCCUAAUUUUUAUGUAUGGAUAUUCCCUCCCUGGCCGGGGAUAUGACGUUUGUAUGCUGAUGUCGACUUUGUCGUUGUUAUCAAAUAUAAAUUAUCAGACGACCCUUUUUAAUCUGAAAAGAAACGCAUUCCACUUUGUUAAAGUUACCAUUUUGUUCUUAGUUCUCUCUGACGUGAAAUCAUGGUUUAAUUAUGCACGUGCCAAAAUUUUAAGGUGAAAUUGACGGGCGUUUAAUUUUGUUCAUUUAAGAAAGGAAACUUUCACACUUGCCUUGAAGCCUUGAACCGGACUGUCCGUAACCAAAACCCACCAUUUCGUAGCAUACCAUGCUGUGAUUGGAGUAAUGUCAUUGAUUAAGAACAAUAGUAAACAGAGCA